CUGUGGCCUGCGACACUUGCUACAAAGAUGAGAGCCUGGGCGACAGAGAUGGAAACGUUUAUUACUGCAACUCCAAAGACCUUUCGAGAUGUUGUAGGGAGAAGGAUCAGUGGACCUGCUGCGUAACAGAGAGCAAGAAGAACAUCACUGAGCAGCUACAGCUGUGGGGAGCCGUAGCGGCGUUCAUUGUUGUCAUCGUCAUCUUGUUCAUGUUCUGUAAGAAUGACAUCAGCUGCUGCAACAGUGACCUGUCUCUCAAGGACAGAUGGUACAACUUCAGGCACAAAGAAAAAAACAGAGAAGCCCACAUCGUAAAGAAGGAUCAACACAUCCGAGAAACAUACUACGACAACCCCAUCGCCGACUUUGAAGGUCCCAGCAACUACUAUCCUCCUCUAAGAGAACCUUACAAUUUUCCUCCCCUCUCACCACAACAUGGGAUAAAGAACUACGACAACAUGAACCAGUCAUAUGCAUAA